UUUCUGUACMUUCAUCUUUUCUAGUGUUUGAGUUUGUGUUUCUAUAGACGCAAAUAAAACCAAAAAAAUGCUGUCGAUACGAAGCAAGGCUGCCCAGCAAUUGUUCAGGGUUGCUGGGGCAAGAACACUUACUAUGCCUCCAAAUGAACCAGCAACAAACAUUGAUGGUGAAAACAGAACAAAACUUCUUGAAGCCAUCAAGAAACUUGAGAGUGAAACACUUGAAGUACCAGUCAUUUCUGGUGGAGAAAGGAUCUUCACAGGGGAUUGUGGUUACCAGUCUAUUCCUUAUGACCAUGCAAAGAAGAUAACGAAGUAUCACAAGGCAGAUGAGGCUCUGAUAAGACAAACAAUUGAAAAAUCAAUGGCUGCCAGAAAGGCUUGGGAAAGAACUUCUUUUGAAGAAAGGUGCACCAUAUUUGACAAAGUUCUGGACUUAAUGUGUGGAAAAUACAGAUAUGACUUACUGGCGUCAACAAUGGUUGGCCAGGGUAAAACUGCUUACGAAGCUGAUAUUGAUGUCAUCAUGGAACUGGUGGACUUUUAUAGAUUUGAUGUAUACAAUGGAAGAAAACUAAUGGAAGGACCAGAACUUCAUCAGCCUCCAGGAAUCAAGAACACAUUAUAUUACCGUGGAAUGGAGGGUUUUGUUGCAGCUGUAGCUCCAUUCAAUUUCUCUGCCAUUGCUGGUAAUCUUGCUGGGACACCAGCCAUUAUGGGAAAUGUUGUACUGUUCAAACCAGCCAGCACAGCAAUCCAUUCAUCAUACAUGGUGAUGAAAAUUUUUGAGGAGGCUGGACUUCCUGCUGGUGUCUUAAACUUUGUCCCAUCCAGUGGUCCAGUGUUUGGAAAUGGUAUCACAUCUUCUCCUGACCUGGCUGCUGUAAACUUUACAGGCAGUGUAGGUACUUUCAAAAAUAUCUGGCAAAAUGUUGCAAACAACCUUGAUGUCUAUAAGACAUAUCCAAGACUUAUUGGAGAAUGUGGCGGCAAGAACUAUCACUUUAUUCACAGUUCAGCUGACGUCAAUAGAGUUGUACAUUGUACAAUGAGGGCAGCAUUUGGUUAUCAAGGACAGAAGUGCUCAGCAUGUUCAAGAAUGUAUGUACCAGAAUCACUAUGGCCCCAGAUCAAAGAAGGCCUAAUAGAAGAGCACAAGAAAAUCAAAAUGGGUUCUCCUGCUGAUAUCGAGAAUACUUUUGUGACGGCUGUAAUUGAUGAAAAGUCAUUUGAUAAUAUCAAGUCAUACAUUGACUUCUGUAACAACAGCAGUGAGAUAACUGUGCUGGCUGGAGGAAAGUGUGACAAGAGUGUUGGAUACUACGUUGAGCCCACGAUAGUACAGACUACAAACCCAUUAAACAAGAUGAUGAAAGAGGAAAUCUUUGGACCUGUUGUUAGUAUAUAUGUAUAUCCAGAUGCUAAGUGCAAGGAGACAAUUGAGCUGUGUGACCAGACCAAUGAGUUUGGACUUACUGGAGCAAUAUUUGCAGAAGACAAGGAUUUCAUAGCUGAGGCUAGUGAUAUGUUACGUGAUUCUGCUGGUAAUUUCUACAUCAAUGACAAGUGCACAGGCUCAAUUGUACAGCAGCAGCCAUUUGGUGGAGCAAGAAUGUCAGGAACCAAUGACAAGGCUGGGGGAUUAAUGUAUCUAUUGAGAUGGACAUCAGCAUUAGUUGUCAAGGAAACAUCAGGAGAUCCUGGUCCAUGGCAAUAUCCACACAUGAACUAGACUCUGUAUAUUGGAUAUAUGAAUAUGAAGACAUUUGAGUGAAAUCUAAAGAAGGUUGAUGAGGGAAAUUGUGCCUUUUUUCUUUGCUUUGAGGAUAUUUUGUACUUGUCAAACAGCAGGAACAAUGCAGUGACUUGAUAGCAGCAGCAAUGGGACACUACUAUUAAGAACUUGAUUCAUAGUUUAGAUAUAAGCUGCUAUUAAAGUGUGUUUGGGACAUAUUGCCUUGGCAAUGACGACAAGAACUCAAGAAUAUCAGCAAACUUGCAAUGACAGAUGCCUGUUGUGCUUACAUGCAAAGGCAUGUUAUCUUUCUAUAGCACAUUGCGUGUUUAAGGAAAGCAGAAAGGUUUAUUGUUUGAAUUUUGUAAAUUGCACUACUUGGCGAUGGUGUUUUGUACAAUGGCAAAUGGGGUUUGCAAUAAAUAUAUCUAAGUCUCAAAAA